AUGCCUGGGGCAUGGUCAGAUAGUCCAUUUCCUCUGUCGAUUGUAAUGACGGUAUGCACAACUCUUGGGGCAGUAGCCCUGCCUCCUCUACUAACAAAGAUAUUGGCAGGGACUUACAUCCCUGUGGAUGCUGCCAAACUGUCAAUCAGCACCAUGCAGCUGGGGCUUAUGGUCUCUAUUCUGUCAUAUGUAGGUCGUUGUUGCUCCAAUUUGUUAGGUUCUUAUAUGCAUAGUGCAUUUCCUGCAGUGGUUAAAAUUGUGAUACCUUUUGCGCUUUGUUCUAGCUGCAUCACUGCUUGCAUGCUGGCUGAUCUGUCUCUAAUGGCUCAUGCUCAGACAGUGUUAUCUGGAGAAAUUGGGGUGGUUAUUCUUUCUGUGCUGUUAGUACAUAUUGCUGGUUUCUUUGCGGGGUAA